CCUGCCCACGUUGUUACAUCACUUACCCCGAGUGGGCCGGCUGAGCUGGGGCAUCCUGAAAAGCUGGGACCCUGGGCUGCAGGGGCAAUGAGAGGUCGAAGGAUGUGGGUCAGUGUGUUUUCCUCAGAGCUACUGUCACUACCUCUGGAAAAGUUCUGUAGGAAUAAGUGACAGUAAGAACAAGAGACCAGGACAGGGGUCCUUCUUCUAAGAAGUAAAAACCAAGGUCCAGCAUGAAGUGACUUGAUGGGACUUGUGGAGCCGUGAGUGGCAGGGCUACGCCCCAUACAUCCAUCUUCCAGUGCUAACCCCUGUCUGCCGACCCAGUCUCAAGGUUUAAAGAAAAGAAACUAGAAGACAUCCAAUCACCAGCAUCUCAAAAAAGGGAAAAAGAAAAGUCCAAGUGGAUUUUCUUUCUGGACUAAGAUGGAUGGAAAAGCCCCAACUAAGCCUGGAGAACAAAAGGUCACCAACCAGAGGGCAGGAUGGAAAACGCCCGUCCUCCUCAUGCUGUGCCUGCUGCAGGCUGCGAAUGCGUUGAAGGGCCCGAGGCUGGUGUCUGGGGAGCUUGGGGGAUCUGUCACCAUCCAGUGCCGUUACGCCCCCUUGCUCAUCAACAGCCACCAGAGGAAGUACUGGUGCCGCCUGAGCCCCCGGCCGUGGCUCUGCCACACUGUCGUUUCCACCAACCACUACACGCAGCGACACUACCACGGCCGCGUGUCUCUAACAGACUUCCCGCACAAAGGCUUUUUUGUGGUGAGGCUGUCCCAGCUGUCCCUGGAGGAUGUGGGGUGCUACCGCUGUGGCAUUGGAAACUCAAACGACAUGCUGUUCUUCAGCAUGAACCUGACCGUCUCUGCAGGUCUUUCCAGAACCAUCCCCACAGCCACUCCGGCUGCUGGUGAGCCCAACAUGGGAUCCUCUGAAACAGCAUCACCAGCAGCCAACAGAUGGACACGUGGAACCAUCCAGACUAUAGAAAGACAGGGGACAGGAUGGGACAGUGUUACUCUGACUCUAGACACUAGCAAAACAACAGCUUUAGCUAAGGGAAGGCAAACCCCAGAAGCAACUGCGACCAUAGCUCCAGGGACAGGUGGCCAGGUAGGGGGUCCCAUCUGGGCAACGGUCCCCACUCCACUGAGUCCAGCUUCAACAAUCAAAAGUGUGUCCAGUACUACAAAAGCUGCUAAGGUUUGGGGUACCAGAAGCUCAGACGCAAACAGGACCAGGGCCAGCAGAAGAGAGAGGGCGACAACGACUGGGGCGGAUGGGCAAAGAGGGGAAACACAGAGGGUCAGUACAGCCCUGCACACAGCUGGGAAGGUCAUAGGGACAAUUAGGCCAUCAAACUGGGUCUUAGAAAAAUGGAUGUGGACAACCCUCCACGGUGAAACGUUGGUUUCUAAGCCACAAGCCCUGGACUCCAUUGAAGGAACUACACCAGCUGCAGUUGUGUGGACCCUGGGGCCGACCAGCAUAGAGAUGGCCUCUGCUGAGGGAAGCGGUGAAAGGGACCUAGACACCCCUGCUGGAGAUGGUGGUCCCCAAGCAACGCCGAGCCAGGCCCUGGCAGCAGGGCCCCUCAGGCCCCCAGGCAAGGACUCCUCCAUGAAGAGUGUGCCUCUGGAAGGGACAAGCAUCUCUCGGGUCCUGGCUCCACUCUCCACCAUGCUGUUCCUGCUGACGCUGGCGGCUCUUGUUCUGUUGCGAAGGAAGCUCCAGAGAAAGAGGAACUCUCAGGAGAUAAAGAAGUCAUUGAAGGUCACCUUGAUUCAGAUGACACAGUCCCCAGAGCUGAGCGUCCAGCCUGAUCUGCUGGCCCAGGUGGGAAGGAAGCUGCUCCAGGAUGACCCCCCAUCUCCAUGCAGCCUGACUGCCCCAGAGAGGGACCCUGGACCCCAAGGAGUAGAAGGAUGAGCUGCUCAGCCACUGUAGAAGGAAGACCAGGACCAAACACCAUGACCCCAGCCUCUUCUCCUUCCCCCGCCUGUACGAAGGGAAGUUGGGGGAGCUGGGACCCCAUCUGGGGAAGCAAAGCCUGAACAUCACUGGGCCAAGCGUCUUCCACAGCCAAAGGCGACAGUGUGACUCCAAGAAGCCUGCAAGAAAGGAUUUGUUAAUUACUGGUGGAGGUCAGUGAACCUGGAAAAGUGCAAUUUCCGUUCCUGGAAUUUUGAAAAUAUGAGAGGCUUCCUGUCAGCCAUCACUCCUAGCCCUUGGUAGGUCCCCCGCCACCCAGCUUUCUGACAUCUGUUCACGCUCAGCCUGCUGCACACACUGAAUUAUAUUCUUUACAGGUAGAUUCUAAGCUUUAAGGGCAGUAACUGUGUUUUAUCCAGCUCACUGUGUCCCCAGAGAACUUCAACUCCGUAGGGCCUCCAAUAAAUAUUUGUGACUGAAUGGACCCUGCCCACGAAGAUGCUCUGAAUCCCUUUUGGGAUUUUGGAGUCUCCUAGAUGACCCCAUAGAUCCCAAUAUAGGGAACAAAAAGAAGAGCACUGGCAAAGGGGAGGGUCUAGCUCAGUGGUAGAGCGCAUGCUUAGCAUGCACUAGGUCCUGGGUUCAAUCCCUAGUCCCUCCAUUAAAUAAAUAAAUA